AUGGACCUUCAUCGGAAGAGGCAUGGAAGACGCCUUGAUUAUGAAGAAAGACAGCGAAAAAAGCAGGCCCGAGCUGGUCAUGAGCGUUCUCAAAUGGCUAAGAAGCUGCGCGGUCAUAAGGCCAAGCUCUACCACAAGAAGAGAUAUUCCGAGAAGGGUGCUGUUCCCGCUUAUCUCUUAGAUCGCCAGCAGCAAACUACUGGCACAGUUCUUUCAAAUAUGAUCAAGCAGAAGAGGAAACAGAAAGCUGUGACGUUCGUUGGCGAGUCGUUCACCCGUAAACCAGCAAAGUUUGAACGCUUCAUAAGACCUAUGGGAUUACGAUUCACGAAGGCUCACGUUACUCAUCCUGAGUUGCAGACGACUUUCUGUCUCCCGAUAGUUGGGGUGAAGAAGAAUCCUUCAAGUCAGAUGUAUACUUCAUUAGGAGUAAUCACGAAGGGUACUAUAAUUGAAGUGAACGUAUCUGAGUUGGGUAUGGUUACGCAAGGAGGAAAGGUUGUUUGGGGAAAAUUUGCUCAAGUGACGAAUAAUCCUGAAAAUGACGGUUGCAUUAAUGCGGUAUUGUUGAUUUAA